AUGGAUGGGAACCGUCGAUUUGCUAAAAAGAAAAGCGUGAAAAGUAGCGUAGGCCAUUACAAAGGUUUUGAUAAACUUUCAGAAACAUUGAAGUGGUGUCUUGAUCUUGGUGUACCUGAAGUGACAGUUUAUGCAUUUAGCAUAGAGAAUUUUAAAAGAAGUGAAGAUGAAGUUACAGCACUCAUGGACUUAGCACGUGAUAAAUUUAAAAGACUUCUUGAUGAAGUUGAGUUAAUGAAUGAUUGGGGUGUUCGUAUACAUGUGGCUGGGCGAUUAUCACUUCUUCCAAAUGAUCUACGGUCUCUUGUUGCACGUGCAAUGUUAGCAACUAGAUAUAAUAAUAAAUUGCAACUCAACAUAGCAUAUGCCUACACAGGUCGUGAUGAAAUUAGCCGUGCUGCAUCUUAUAUAGUUGAUGGUUGUAAGAAUAAUGACCUUACUACUGAUGACAUUGAUGAAUAUCUUGUCUCCCAAGCGCUGGACUUGGCAGAAGCUGAGUUAUUAAUAAGAACAUCUGGGGAAGUGAGGCUCUCAGAUUUCAUGCUGUGGCAGAUUUCACGAACAGUUUUAUAUUUCUCAGAUGUUCUUUGGCCAGAGUUCACAAUUUGGAAUCUGCUAGCUGCUAUUAUACAUUUUCAAAGAAAUGCACCACCUCUGUUACCAGAAAAUGUGAACAGUGAUGCUAAGCAGAAAUUCUUGAACAAAUUGGAAAAUAAAUGGUGGAGUGACCUAGAGAGUUUUGUAGCUUGU